AUGUUGAACUGUGAUUAUCAAAUACAUGCUGAUCCAGAAACACAAGAAUUAUCAUUGCUAGAUAUUAUGAAUGUUCUUAAUGUAGACAUGGACAACGAAACACCAGCUAAUUUAAAAAUUUCCUAUGAUAAGCUACUUAUUGUAAUUAUUAUUCGAGUUGAUAAUGGUCCCAAACAAGUAUUUAUUCACCAUCACUCGAAUUUUGAAGAAAUAGGUUGCUCCAGUAACUCCCAACCGAUUGAUGAGCAGAAAAGAACUUUUGCAUUAGCAUAUCUGAAUACAUUUAUGACAAUGCUGCAUGAUUCUAUUGUUCCUGCUGACGAAAUUGAUUACUUAAUGCUUUCUGUCUCUAUAUUGGACUUCGAUCAUGAUUUUGGACAUCCAAUUUAUUACUCAAAAUCCAAUCGUAUUCUGGGACAUAAAACUGAUGGGUCAUUAUACAGAGUAGUUGUUCCUGAUAUACCUGAUACCGGUAAUUCUUAUUCUAUGACAGAAAGAAAUGAACUUGUUCCUUUGUCUCAAGUGACAAUUAUUGAUGCUUAUUUGGCUGGUGGAGCUUUUGAUGAUGAGGGAAUUAUUCAAUUUUAUUCUGGUCUAAAUUCAUUAGUACAAAACUUACCAUCAAAUGAAUCACCUAUAGUUUUUCUAUUAUUACAAAAAGUUAGUGUUAUACCACCAUUCGCAAGUGUUAUGGAUGACGAAGAGGAAGCUGUUGAAAAAGAAGAUGUUGAUGAAGUGUUGGACAUGAGUUUGAUAGUCACCAUUGGUCAAACAACAGAAGAAGUCAAAAUUUAUUGUUCUUAUUCAUUUGGAACAGAAGAUUUGUGGAUAUUAACAUUAAUUAUUGACAGUGAUAAAAAACAAUUUUCAUCAAUUAUAAAUUAUGAGGAAUUAUUAGAACUAAUCGAAAAUGAUCAUCGUACAGAAGCAAUAGGUUAUAUGAUGUUUAAAUCACUUGAAGAAAUGUCUAAAGAACUAAUUGUAACCAAACAUAAUAUGGCUGGAUUAGAUACUAUACGAAAACAAUUAGACAAUCUUACGCAUACCUUAGCUUCUAUGUUUGUAGACCCUUGA